ACAGAUAAAAUCGAGAAACAAAAGGCCAUUGAAGACAAGAAAAAGGCCAAAGAACAAGCCAAAAAAGCAUGAGCGACAAACCUUCACUUGCCAGUUUAUCCAACACACGUCAAACAAACAGUUUAUCGCUUCUAAAGCAAAAGAUGCAAAAGCCUUCUUCAUUAGCAUCAUUAGCAUCAAACGCCAAACCCGUUUCCUCUUCUUUACAGAGUUUAGCUACGCGAUCUGCUACCAAACCUGCUUCCUCCAGUCUCUCUCGUCUAGCCAAUACCUCACCCUCUACCACCACCACCAAACUCGGUUCUUUAUCCAGUCUCGCUUCACGACCUAGUAAACCUACCACGAGUCUUCCUAACCCUAUCACCACCAUCACUUCCAAACCCAAGCCAUCUGUCAAACACGCGCCUAUCCAACACAAGGCACCUGCAGUAGUAACCGAAGCAGAGGAGAAGGAGGAGGAGGAGGAAUCGAAUCCACUUGUAGCUAAACCUUCUUUAGCUGCUCAAUUCUUGUUUCAACCUCAACCUUCGCCUCCUUUCCUUCCUCCUCCUCAAAAAUCACAUUCUGUUUCCGUUCAUGUCUUUCAGUUUGAUCGACCUAGUCCUGAUGAUAUUGUAUUUGCUGCUCAAAGUCAACGACCCAACACCAACAAAAACUAAUAACCUCUCCCUCUUUCUCUUUCUCUCUCUCUUUUUCUCCUUCCUCCUCUCUUUCUCUCUCUCUCUCUCAUAUAAACCAACACCACUCACACACACACACACACACCUUUUAACAUUUUCUCUCUUUUUAUCU